GUUCUACCUCUCCACACUGUUCUACCUCUCCAUAUACUGCUCUACCUCUCUGCUCACUGUUCUACCUCUCUGCUCUACCUCUUUCCACACACUGUUCUACCUCUUUCCACACACUGUUCUACCUCUUUCUCUACCUCUUUCCACACACUGUUCUACCUCUUUCCACACACUGUUCUACCUCUUUCCACACACUGUUCUACCUCUUUCCACACACUGUUCUACCUCUUUCCACACACUGUUCUACCUCUUUCCACACACUGUUCUACCUCUUUCCACACACUGUUCUACCUCUUUCCACACACUGUUCUACCUCUUUCCACACACUGUUCUACCUCUUUCCACACACUGUUCUACCUCUGCACCUCACUGUUCUACCUCUCUACUUCAGUCCAAUGAGAAUAGGAAUGUCCUGGGGGAAUCUGCAGACUAUGUGCCAAAAGUAUUGCCUGCUAAACCAGAGGUUGCUGGGAGCAUGGAUGAAACCCCUGUAUUGGAAGCAGUGGUAGAAACCCCUGUAAUGGCAGCAGUGGUAGAAACCCCUGUAAUGGCAGCAGUGGUGGAGGCUGCAGCUCCAGAAGCUCCAGUAGUGGAAGAGUCCAUUGUCAUGGAAGAGGUAGAACCUGUUGCAGCUGCAGUAGUGGAGUUUAUCCCAGCAGUAGAAGAAUCUAUCCCAGUGACAGUAGUGGAACCAACUAUGGCUGCAGUGGAAGAAUCCAUUGAGCUGGCAGAGGAGGAACCCAUUAUUGUUGAAGUGGAAGCUCCCAAGCCAAAGGAGGCAACAUCAGUGGAUGAUACCAUCACUAAGAUAGAGGCUCUUGUCACCAUAGAAAAUGACACAGAAGCACCCCUCUUGGUGCCAGAGGUAGCACAGUCCGCCCCAGAGGAAGAAGUCAUAGCAACACCAGAGGAGGCUGUUGAGGAAGGACCUGCAACAAUGAAGCCCAUAGCAACAGAUGCACCUGUUACAGAGUCGGUCACAGAACCCAUUGUAACAGAAGCACCAGUUGCAGAGGAAGCGCCAGUGCCUAUAGCAACAGAACCAGAACCUGUUACCAUAGAAGCGGUGGUGGAGGCUGAAGCACCCAUUGCCGCAGCAGUACUAGAAGCCAUAGCAACAGAACCCAUGGUUACAGAACAAGCACCUGUUACCAUAGAAGUGGCAGUGGCCGCAGAAGCACCCAUUACUGAGGCAGUAGCAGAACCCAUAGCAGCAACUGAAAAAGCUCCAGUCAUUGUAGAAGAGAAUGAACCUGCCCCAGCACCACUCAUAGACCUAGCCCCAGCCAUAGACCUAUCCCCAGCCAUAGACCUAUCCCCAGCACCACUCAUAGACCUAUCCCCAGCCAUAGACCUAUCCCCAGCACCACUCAUAGACCUAGCCCCAGCCAUAGACCUAUCCCCAGCCAUAGACCUAUCCCCAGCACCACUCAUAGACCUAGCCCCAGCCAUAGACCUAUCCCCAGCAACACUCAUAGACCUAGCCCCAGCCAUAGACCUAUUCCCAGCACCACUCAUAGACCUAGCCCCAGCCAUAGACCUAGCCCCAGCACCACUCAUAGACCUAGCCCCAGCCAUAGACCUAGCCCCAGCACCAUGCAUAGACCUAGCCCCAGCCAAUGACCUAGCCCCAGCACCACUCAUAGACCUAGCCCCAGCACCAUUCAUAGACCUAGCCCCAGCCAAUGACCUAGCCCCAGCACCACUCAUAGACCUAGCCCCAGCACCACUCAUAGACCUAGCCCCAGCCAAUGACCUAGCCCCUGCCAUAGAUCCAGCUACAAACCCAGCUGUAGAGGACGAGGCUGCAGCAGCCCCAGCAGUAGAGCCCCUACCAGCCCUCACCCAGGUGGUUCCACCAGGCGCAGAGCCAGCCCCUGCAGCCCCUCUAGCUGCCCUCUUAGAGGGUAAAGGUGUGGAGGAGGCAGCCCCUGCAGCCGCUCUCUUAGAGGGUAAAGGUGUGGAGGAGGCAGCCCCUGCAGCUGCUCUCUUAGAGGGUAAAGGUGUGGAGGAGGCAGCCCCUGCAGCCGCUCUCUUAGAGGGUAAAGGUGUGGAGGAGGCAGCCCCUGCAGCCGCUCUCUUAGAGGGUAAAGGUGUGGAGGAGGCAGCCCCUGCAGCUGCUCUCUUAGAGGGUAAAGGUGUGGAGGAGGCAGCCCCUGCAGCUGCUCUCUUAGAGGGUAAAGGUGUGGAGGAGGCAGCCCCUGUAGCAGUAGCAACAGCAUCCAUGGACCUGCUGGACCUGAAUGAUGAGGACUUAUUCCACCAGGGCCUUGACGACCUGGACCUGUUUGAUCUGGACGAUGACAUCGACACCACAGACGUCAAUCUGGACGAUGACUUCUUAGACGAAUGAAAGUCUUAGAGAAAUGUCCUUAAAGUGACCAAAGAGCACAGUGUUGUUCAUACUCCUAGUGAAUGGGAGUGUGUGUGUAGGGGACGGGGUGUUUUUACCUUUACAGUGAAACUGGUGAAAGGUGGGGUGGAUGAGUUCAUGUCUUUAUACAUUAACUGUGAAACACCGUGGGAGGGGGUUUGUAGAAUGCUUUGGGUGAUAAUGGGGUGGACUGGGUUCAUUCAUUAGGAACAAACGCAGGAAAUGUUUUGAAACGGGAAACAAAUGUGCCUUCUUAUUGAACAGGUCAAAUGUACUGUGUCAAAUUGAUUUCUCUGGUUUCGCACAUGCUGAACACAACCCCGGGUUGUAUUCAUUAGUCGUAUUUCAUUGCAAACAGUUUCUAUUGCACAAAUUCAGGUUGGUUCCUAGAGUAAACUUUUUCCAUUGCAAACAUUUAGCAAUGGAAUCCAACUAAUGAAUACACCAUGGUUUUGAAAUCCUUUGUACAGUACUUCAUCAUCCAACUCUCACAUUGACCUACAGUAUAGAAUGAUAGUGUGAACCAGAGUGGUCAUGGGUUUGACAUGUUUACCUUAUCCUCUCACAUAGGAAGAUGGGAAUAGUUUACUAUUGUACCUCUUACGCCUAGCUAAACAGGCUUUGAUCUUUCAUUCAUUAGUUAGGUUAGGUCAUGAGCUUGUCUUCAGUAUACCUCUACAUGCCUUGGCAAGCAUGCUGCUCUGCCAUGGUCUAGUAUCUUAUGCAUCUGCUGUUUUUAAAUAAGGAACCUACUUCAUUGUUACAGAUGUGAACCCAAGUGCCUUAUGUAUGACUGGUUUAGAAAAGGGCAUGAUGUUCUGUAUGACUGGUUUAGAAAAGGGCAUGAUGUUGUGUAUGACUGGUUUAGAAAAGGGCAUGAUGUUGUGUAUGACUGGUUUAGAAAAGGGCAUAAUGUUGUGUAUGACUGGUUUAGAAAAGGGCAUGAUGUUGUGUAUGACUGGUUUAGAAAAGGGCAUGAUGUUGUGUAUGACUGGUUUAGAAAAGGGCAUGAUGUUGUGUAUGACUGGUUUAGAAAAGGGCAUGAUGUUGUGUAUGACUGGUUUAGAAAAGGGCAUGAUGUUGUGUAUGACUGGUUUAGAAAAGGGCAUGAUGUUGUGUAUGACUGGUUUAGAAAAGGGCAUGAUGUUGUGUAUGACUGGUUUAGAAAAGGGCAUGAUGUUGUGUAUGACUGGUUUAGAAAAGGGCAUGAUGUUGUGUAUGACUGGUUUAGAAAAGGGCAUGAUGUUGUGUAUGACUGGUUUAGAAAAGGGCAUGAUGUUGUGUAUGACUGGUUUAGAAAAGGGCAUGAUGUUGUGUAUGACUGGUUUAGAAAAGGGCAUGAUGUUGUGUAUGACUGGUUUAGAAAAGGGCAUGAUGUUGUGUAUGACUGGUUUAGAAAAGGGCAUGAUGUUGUGUAUGACUGGUUUAGAAAAGGGCAUGAUGUUGUGUAUGACUGGUUUAGAAAAGGGCAUGAUGUUGUGUAUGACUGGUUUAGAAAAGGGCAUGAUGUUGUGUAUGACUGGUUUAGAAAAGGGCAUGAUGUUGUGUAUGACUGGUUUAGAAAAGGGCAUGAUGUUGUGUAUGACUGGUUUAGAAAAGGGCAUGAUGUUGUGUAUGACUGGUUUAGAAAAGGGCAUGAUGUUGUGUAUGACUGGUUUAGAAAAGGGCAUGAUGUUGUGUAUGACUGGUUUAGAAAAGGGCAUGAUGUUGUGUAUGACUGGUUUAGAAAAGGGCAUGAUGUUCUGUAUGACUGGUUUAGAAAAGGGCAUGAUGUUCUGUAUGACUGGUUUAGAAAAGGGCAUGAUGUUCUGUAUGACUGGUUUAGAAAAGGGCAUGAUGUUCUGUAUGACUGGUUUAGAAAAGGGCAUGAUGUUGUGUAUGACUGGUUUAGAAAAGGGCAUGAUGUUAUGUAUGACUGGUUUAGAAAAGGGCAUGAUGUUGUGUAUGACUGGUUUAGAAAAGGGCAUGAUGUUGUGUAUGACUGGUUUAGAAAAGGGCAUGAUGUUGUGUAUGACUGGUUUAGAAAAGGGCAUGAUGUUGUGUAUGACUGGUUUAGAAAAGGGCAUGAUGUUGUGUAUGACUGGUUUAGAAAAGGGCAUGAUGUUGUGUAUGACUGGUUUAGAAAAGGGCAUGAUGUUGUGUAUGACUGGUUUAGAAAAGGGCAUGAUGUUGUGUAUGACUGGUUUAGAAAAGGGCAUGAUGUUGUGUAUGACUGGUUUAGAAAAGGGCAUGAUGUUCUGUAUGACUGGUUUAGAAAAGGGCAUGAUGUUCUGUAUGACUGGUUUAGAAAAGGGCAUGAUGUUCUGUAUGACUGGUUUAGAAAAGGGCAUGAUGUUCUGUAUGACUGGUUUAGAAAAGGGCAUGAUGUUCUGUAUGACUGGUUUAGAAAAGGGCAUGAUGUUCUGUAUGACUGGUUUAGAAAAGGGCAUGAUGUUGUGUAUGACUGGUUUAGAAAAGGGCAUGAUGUUGUGUAUGACUGGUUUAGAAAAGGGCAUGAUGUUGUGUAUGACUGGUUUAGAAAAGGGCAUGAUGUUGUGUAUGACUGGUUUAGAAAAGGGCAUGAUGUUGUGUAUGACUGGUUUAGAAAAGGGCAUGAUGUUGUGUAUGACUGGUUUAGAAAAGGGCAUGAUGUUGUGUAUGACUGGUUUAGAAAAGGGCAUGAUGUUGUGUAUGACUGGUUUAGAAAAGGGCAUGAUGUUGUGUAUGACUGGUUUAGAAAAGGGCAUGAUGUUGUGUAUGACUGGUUUAGAAAAGGGCAUGAUGUUGUGUAUGACUGGUUUAGAAAAGGGCAUGAUGUUGUGUAUGACUGGUUUAGAAAAGGGCAUGAUGUUGUGUAUGACUGGUUUAGAAAAGGGCAUGAUGUUGUGUAUGACUGGUUUAGAAAAGGGCAUGAUGUUGUGUAUGACUGGUUUAGAAAAGGGCAUGAUGUUGUGUAUGACUGGUUUAGAAAAGGGCAUGAUGUUGUGUAUGACUGGUUUAGAAAAGGGCAUGAUGUUGUGUAUGACUGGUUUAGAAAAGGGCAUGAUGUUGUGUAUGACUGGUUUAGAAAAGGGCAUGAUGUUGUGUAUGACUGGUUUAGAAAAGGGCAUGAUGUUGUGUAUGACUGGUUUAGAAAAGGGCAUGAUGUUGUGUAUGACUGGUUUAGAAAAGGGCAUGAUGUUGUGUAUGACUGGUUUAGAAAAGGGCAUGAUGUUGUGUAUGACUGGUUUAGAAAAGGGCAUGAUGUUGUGUAUGACUGGUUUAGAAAAGGGCAUGAUGUUGUGUAUGACUGGUUUAGAAAAGGGCAUGAUGUUGUGUAUGACUGGUUUAGAAAAGGGCAUGAUGUUGUGUAUGACUGGUUUAGAAAAGGGCAUGAUGUUGUGUAUGACUGGUUUAGAAAAGGGCAUGAUGUUGUGUAUGACUGGUUUAGAAAAGGGCAUGAUGUUGUGUAUGACUGGUUUAGAAAAGGGCAUGAUGUUGUGUAUGACUGGUUUAGAAAAGGGCAUGAUGUUGUGUAUGACUGGUUUAGAAAAGGGCAUGAUGUUGUGUAUGACUGGUUUAGAAAAGGGCAUGAUAUGUAUGACUGGUUUAGAAAAGGGCAUGAUGUUCUGUAUGACUGGUUUAGAAAAGGGCAUGAUGUUCUGUAUGACUGGUUUAGAAAAGGGCAUGAUGUUGUGUAUGACUGGUUUAGAAAAGGGCAUGAUGUUGUGUAUGACUGGUUUAGAAAAGGGCAUGAUGUUGUGUAUGACUGGUUUAGAAAAGGGCAUGAUGUUCUGUAUGACUGGUUUAGAAAAGGGCAUGAUGUUCUGUAUGACUGGUUUAGAAAAGGGCAUGAUGUUCUGUAUGACUGGUUUAGAAAAGGGCAUGAUGUUAUGUAUGACUGGUUUAGAAAAGGGCAUGAUGUUAUGUAUGACUGGUUUAGAAAAGGGCAUGAUGUUGUGUAUGACUGGUUUAGAAAAGGGCAUGAUGUUGUGUAUGACUGGUUUAGAAAAGGGCAUGAUAUGUAUGACUGGUUUAGAAAAGGGCAUGAUGUUCUGUAUGACUGGUUUAGAAAAGGGCAUGAUGUUCUGUAUGACUGGUUUAGAAAAGGGCAUGAUGUUCUGUAUGACUGGUUUAGAAAAGGGCAUGAUGUUCUGUAUGACUGGUUUAGAAAAGGGCAUGAUGUUGUGUAUGACUGGUUUAGAAAAGGGCAUGAUGUUCUGUAUGACUGGUUUAGAAAAGGGCAUGAUGUUCUGUAUGACUGGUUUAGAAAAGGGCAUGAUGUUCUGUAUGACUGGUUUAGAAAAGGGCAUGAUGUUCUGUAUGACUGGUUUAGAAAAGGGCAUGAUGUUCUGUAUGACUGGUUUAGAAAAGGGCAUGAUGUUCUGUAUGACUGGUUUAGAAAAGGGCAUGAUGUUCUGUAUGACUGGUUUAGAAAAGGGCAUGAUGUUCUGUAUGACUGGUUUAGAAAAGGGCAUGAUGUUCUGUAUGACUGGUUUAGAAAAGGGCAUGAUAUUAUGUAUGUCUGGAAUUGAAUGUCAACUCAAUAAAGAUGACAAGUGUUUGUCUGAAUCAG